UUUAGCCUCAGACAUUGUACAACUUAGUAUCACAAUGAAAAUAACGGGCAAAUUAACAGAGAAAAUCACAGCGGAGCAUGUGGCAAUUUUCUUUGGCCUACUUUCCACUUGUCUGAUUGUGGCCCUGGUGGUUGUGGUGGUGCAUAGGGAUAACCUGUGGCUGAAACUGUCGGAGGCCAGCGAGAAACUGGAUGUGUUGGAGGACUAUAUACGAGCAUCGAGUUUCAAACAUAUUAAUUACCGGAAAUAACCAGCUGUUUUCAUAUAUGGGUUACAAAUAGUGAAUAAAGAUUUCAAAGUCCGUUA